UGCCCAGGCUCCUACCUUCGCUUGAGCGAACGUACGUGAGAAUGACGCUUUACGUAGGGAAAAGGCGUGCGCUCCUGCGCAUGACGCAGUUGCCCAUGGUAACCGGGAGCCGCGUAGUAGAGGAUGGGUUUGCUGUCAAUUCUGCGUAAAUUGAAGAGUGCACCGGAUCAGGAGGUAAGAAUCCUCCUCCUGGGAUUGGAUAAUGCAGGCAAAACCACCCUUUUGAAACAGCUAGCAUCAGAAGAUAUCACCCAUAUCACUCCAACGCAGGGUUUUAACAUUAAAAGCGUGCAGUCACAAGGCUUCAAGCUGAAUGUAUGGGACAUUGGGGGACAGAGGAAGAUCAGACCGUACUGGAGGAAUUAUUUUGAGAAUACUGAUAUCCUGAUUUAUGUCAUUGAUAGUGCAGAUAGAAAGAGAUUUGAAGAAACAGGUCAGGAGUUAGCGGAGCUCUUAGACGAAGAGAAGCUAAGUGGUGUUCCAGUGCUCAUCUUUGCUAACAAACAAGAUUUGCUUACGGCAGCCCCUGCUGCAGAGAUUGCAGAGGGUCUGAACUUGCACACGAUCCGUGACAGAGUCUGGCAGAUUCAGUCUUGUUCAGCCCUCACAGGAGAAGGUGUGCAGGAUGGCAUGAACUGGGUCUGCAAAAACGUCAAUGCAAAGAAGAAAUAAGUCCAUCUGAGUUGCGUGGGAUCGGAGGGGCUGCCAAACGGACUAGCUGACUGCUAGUGUCGGACCAAAUACUUUUCCACCUGUGUGCAGCAAAAGCUGUUAGAAAUGGGAACAGCAGCUAAGUCUGCGGCUUGAAUUGAAACUUUACCUAUUCUCUAGUACCACCUCAACCAUAAAUGCACCUCUUUUUUCAUAAAUAGUAUUAAAGGUCUCCAAAUUCAUCUGCCUAGAGAGUGAAUUGAAAACAGGAGCAGAUUUGGAUUUACUUUUUUUAAAAAAAACCCUCAUGUGGGUUCCAUAAAGUUAGGGUGGUCGUAACAAUAUGCAUGGAAGCCUCCAUCAGUUCUGAAGUCCCUUAGGAUACUCACUUGGUACCAUUCGAAGCUUGCCUCAUCAGUGAAUACGCUGGUGCUUUGCUAGCAUGCAUGCUUCAAUUUUAAAAUGGUAAGUUACUUUGUCUAAUACUGGCAAGACACACAUAGGGGUGCACAGUAGCAAGAUGCCACCAUAUGCCUCCCCUUCCUGCCACAACACAUAUGUUAUAAUUAAAAUUCUUUACAGUCUGAAUGUCAGAAACAGCAGGACACUGACAUGUUGCCAUUUGUUCAGAUAAAAUAGUGUCAGGCUGCAAGGCGGUUUGGCAUUUAUGGUUGACAUAAACAUUUCCAGAGUUUAGGCUAAGUAAGAACAACCAAAAGCUCUUUGGCAUUCAGUCUUUUUUUGUACUGUCUCAGGGAGGACAGAGCUUAACAUUAUAGCAACGGUCAAUUUGUGCUCAAAUUCUUACUGCAAAGAAUUUGGAAUGGUUUUAGGCUUUGCCCUUUCAGGGAUGCUUACUGGUGGGUUUUGAUUUAGUGCUUUUAGGAUCUGCAAGCCAUAGAGCAUCCUAGAUAGGACAAACUCUGGACUAUAAGGUUGGCAAAAUUACUACUGCUUAGUCCAAACUAGGAGGACUUGUGGCUGCCUAGUCUUCUUGUUUAGAACUAAAUGGCAGAGCUAGCUGUGCUGAAAGUGACAGUCUAGAAGCAUUCAAAAAUGGUGUCCUUCAGGAUGUAUUUGAUCUAUUUGUAUCCAGGAUUAAGGAGAGAGGUAUUUGGCAAGGGCAGUGUUUCUGCAUAAGGCCUAGGUGCUAGAGAAGAAAGCUCAGUCGAUAAAGUCCGCCAUGUGGAAUACUUUAUGCAUGGAGGAAGCACCCGGCCCUUUGAGGGAAUAAUCAUCUUAGUUUAUCAUCACUACAUUACAAUCUGACAUAAGGAGGCUGCUCCUUGCCUCUAGUCAUCAGCUAAGUCCAAGCUCAGAGUAAUUUGAUAAGGGCAAUCUUGCAUGCAGUGAAUUCAGCAAGCAGUUUAUAACCAGUCUGUGAGGUUGAAAAUGACUAGGCAAUUUAUAAUGCCCUUUCUUGAUCUGACUAAGAGAAAGUAAACUUGCCUUGUAAACCUCAAGCUAUGUGUGUGUUUAUUAGCUAUUUUCAGAUGCUCUUACAUCACAUAAUCUAUUUUCACUUCCCCAAUGCCGGGAUUUGCUCAUGCUCUGUUACUGUAGAGGAAGCAAUUGCAAAUCUAGCAUCUGUAAUCAAUCUUGAUUUGGACUCUACUGUGCUGUUUGUUGGUAACCAGCAUAAAUUUAAUUCCUUAUUCUAGAUUAGAUAUAUUGAAUCCAUACCCCACCUACUUCAGGCUGUUUACUGAGGGGAGGUGGGGGGGGGAGAGGAAAUUAAACCAUAAACAUUACAGGAAUUACACAGAACAACAUAAAAGCACAGAUUACAACUGAAAUCAGUCCAUUAAAAAAAACCAAGCACACAACAGCUAAAAAUAUAUUUCCACAAACUCCUAAAAGGCCUGGUUCCUAUGUCAGAUAGCUAGGGUCUUCUUGUAAUUAAUGAUUUAUGCUUCUCAAAAAGUUCUCUAAGGGUUUGCUAUAUACAGGCUACUGUAGACACCAUUUUUUGAACUCAUAGUCCAAAUUUAAUAGAAAUAAAAUACCUUUUUAGACUAUUCAAGCCAGCUAUUUGAGUGCCUGCCUGCUCAUAGCAUAAUGUUUGCAACAUCCUCCCCUAAAAUCUAACGGACACCUGUCAGUCUGUUCAGCUCAGGAAAAUGCAUGCUUUCUCUGUUUUGUCAGAAAAGCACUCCCAAAUAGCACCCAGCUAAAAACCUAGAACUAACUGACCCUACUGCCUUCCACCAUCUGUGACUAUUCUGUUUGGGCAUAGAAACUUAGUUCUCUUAGACAAUGAACAGCGAAUGCCAUUCACUGCAUUUUUUGCCCUCCCUCUGUCUUGAUAAUUUUUAUGCUGAGGAUAUUUGUGUGGAGGAUGGGAUCCCAAUAGUUUGAAUGGUCAAGCCAGUAAGACUCCACCACGGUUCAUCGUCAUCCGAGCCCCAGAACCUCUGCGUGAACUAGAACUUCUAAGAAGUAGGUGAUGGAAUCAACUGAAUGACCCAGAAACCCAGCAUCCUGCAUCUGUGUACAGCACAUCUGUGUACAGAUGGACACUUUCCAAGCACUGCACAAGGCAUUGUUGAAAUCUUAUCCAACAGAAAGGAAUGCCCAAAGCAGGAAAAUUUUCAUCAUCUAGUUAUCCUAUCUAAGUCCUCAAUCCAAUCUUCUAUUAUUUUAUCUUUUUUAAAAAAAAUCUACUUUGGGCAUUCACAAUACACCCAAACAAUGAAAUUCACACUGAAGUUAUGUACUGUAGAGAAACUUUUUUUCUUAAGCAUAAAUUCCGUUGGAAAUUAAGACUCAAAGGAUGGAGAACUUACUACACUUUGAGUCCUUGGCAAGCUGAUAUGAUGGUAAAUGACCAUUUAUUUUAAACCAACACACUUUUCCUGUUUGGAUGUCACCAAGCCAUCCUGAUAUCCAUUAAAGGCAAACUAGAGUGGCUGAAAUGUUUAAGUGACCUGGGUAAUAGCUGAUGUGACACUAGAUUGGGAAUGGAAUGAUGGUUCGGAUGUGACUUAAUUUCUUGUCCUUUUGAUUAUAUAUAGCUGGUUAUGCUUUCAGAAAAAGGCCUAAUACGCCAGGUGAUGCUCAAAUGCUACAAAAGCCAUAACUGCAAACCCAUCUAUACUCUUCUGUUCUGUCUUAUUUUAGGGAACAUCUAGCUUUAUGAGCAAACUGGUUUUUCUUUUUUGAAGUUUACCAAAAGGGGCAUGGUGAUAUUUGGUGAUAUUUAAGCCUCGGUGUAUAUGUUUGGCAAACCUGAAUAAAAUUUGGUAGAAAUGA